AGGUUAAUUUUAAUUAACUUGGCAUCAAGUAGAAAGUGCACUAAAUCCUAAUCUGUAAUGUACAGCAUUUUAGGUCCUUCAGAGAUUUAUAUAAUAUUUAUUCCCUUCUAGUAUUUUACGAAAUACAAAACAAUUGUUGACAAAAUGGAAGCCGAGAAUAAGGAAAGGCAAUCUAAAGCAGAACCAACAGAAGUCGCCCAAAUAGUUGAAAUCGAGGACCCCCCAUCAGGUGAGAAGGAAACGACUCCUGAUGUUCCUGCUGUUGUAAAACCAAAGCAUUCAACUUUAACCAAACCUGCUAAUGCAACCAAUGACCAAACAGUUUUCCAAAGCAACCCUGAUAGUUACAACGGGGCGAUACGAGACAGGUACCAAUGGUCCCAGAAUUAUGAUGACGUUGACGUAAAGAUUGUGGUAGAAAAGUCGGUUGUGAAAGCUAGACAAGUUAAAGUUGAAAUCCAGCGAAAACAUUUAAAAGUUUGUGUAAAAUCGAACGACACUGCCAACUAUGAGACGAUAAUAGACGGAGAGUUACAGCAUGAGGUGAACAAAGAAGAAAGUAUGUGGUCUCUGGAAAGUGGGAAGAAUAUACAGAUCACGCUCACAAAGUUUAAGAACAUUUGGUGGACGAUGUUAGUUGCCGGAGAAGAUGAAAUCGACAUUCAGAAGAUCGCUCCGGAGCGUUCUAUGGAGGACAUGGACACAGAAGAGAAAUCAGUGAUCAAUAAGCUUCAAUUUGAUGAAAAACAGAAGAGACUCGGUCUCCCACAAAGUCAUGAGAUGGUAGGAGGGUUUUUAUAUAAAAGGGAUGUUUAAAUGCUUCAGCAAUGUUCAUUUUUUGCCCAUGUUUUUUUCCAAAAUGUAAUAGUUUGUUGCAAUGGUUUCAGCAAUGUUCCUUUUUUGCCCUUUGUCCAUGUUUUUUUUCCAUUUUCUGUGCUUGUUUUGUUCAAGUUUUGUCCAUUUGUUUGUCCCAUGACAAAAGUUCAAGGUUCACCAAUUGUU